UUCACCAAUUCAACUAAUUCAGAAAAUCAAAUAAAAUUUUUUUAAAAAAAUAAUUCUUUUAAAUAAGAAAUUAAAAAUAUCCAAUCACAAAAAGAUCCAAACACUAUAUAAAAAUGAAUUCGCGUCAAAUUUUCUUUGCUCUCUUGAUUGUGCUUAUGGCUACUAUCGUAACAGCCUCUCCUUUGAAUUUAGAUCAAUUAAUUGAAAGAAAAAAUGCUCAAAAAGACGAAAGUCCAUCGAAAGAAAAAAACGGCAAAGUUAAGGCUACGUUUAACUUCAAUUUCAUUUUAUUCUUUUCAAUUUCAUUUUUUUUUCAUUUUAACUUCGAUAUUGUUUGUUUCUUUAUGAUUUGUGCCGUUAAUUUCUAUUUUGAAAAGAAUAAAAUAAAAAUGUGAUUAACAAAAUACCUUUUAAAGGUUAGUUAUUUAUAAGAACCUUUAAUUUGACACCGUUUCGUGUAAUAUGCCUGUAGUAUCAGGUUAGCCGGUUAAUCAUCCGAUAAUAAGAAAUUUGGACUAAAAAAAUCUAAAUAUAAGAAUAUAAAAAAAAUUAUUUUCGUAGUUUGUUCUACUUUGCAGAAACCCGUGAUUUGUUACCAUGCAGUUGAGAAAUCCCAUCAAAUCACAACGAUCUAUUAUCCAACAUGUGACGACAUGGUAUCAAAAUACCAAACGAUCUCGCGAUAACAUAUCUUUACAAGUUGUAAAAUGCUAUUAAAUAGGUGGUGAAUAGGUGGUGAAUAGGUGGUAAAUAACAUCGAGCAUUAGUAGUGAAAAUUAAUCUAAGAUAUUUUUUAGAUGUAUUAAAUAUUAUUUAGCAAUGAAUCUGCCAAUUUAUUUUAUUCAUAUUUUU